AGUCGGGUUUGUUAUUGUUUAUGACGUCACGCUUCCGGUUUGGCUGAAGUUGCCUUUAUAGUCGUCGGAAUCGACAAUUCAGCGAACUAUCAGCGUCUAUCAGUGGUUCCUUAUCGUAACCCUUCUGCAGAGAAAUAAAAAACUUGAUAUCGCUAAAAAUCAAUGAUGUUGCACAUUUUUAGCUACCUGUGUCAUUAUUUUAUUUAUAGACGUCUUUGAAUUUCAUUGUAGAUAUUAUUAAUAUCAUUUUGUUCCUGGGUAAAUAUGUGAACCUUGACCUUUUUUCCAUUUGUAUUUUGUUCAGAAGCAACUAUCAAGUUUCCAGUAUCAAAUAAUUUGAAUUUUCUAUCAUUUAUCGGCUCAGGCUUUAUAGCAGAGGUGACAAAGGUACUCACACACUGUACGUAAGUAGAAAUACUGAUUAAAUUCCUUUACUAAAAAAGUCAUUUGACACGCUUUUCUAAAAUGUGAACUAAAAAAAAAAAGCAAAAUUAGAUAACGACUGAAAAAAAAGCACAUUAGCUGUAUUUUUUCAGAUUUGGAUAAAAUAUUGUUUCUGUAUUACUAUAUGUUAUAACUAUGCGAAGCAGUUUAUUCGUACUCUCCGAAAAGUGCGUAAUAAAUAACAUUCACUAACCUCAUUUUGUCAAGAAGUGGCACUAUUUACCACCUGAGUUCCGGUUUUCACCAACGAAGAAGAAUACCAACUUCCUGUGUUCCCAGCAAAACUGCACAACGUGUGAAUGGGCUUGCAGGUAAGCACAAGCACAAGAAAGUUUUUAUAAACAUAUUUUAAAAAUGGUCCGUAAGUUGAAGUACCACGAGCAGAAGUUACUGAAGAAAGUGGACUUUAUUAACUGGGAGGUCGACAACAACAUUCACGAGGUCAAAGUGUUGAGGAGAUAUCGCAUCGAGAAGAGGGAAGAUUACACCAAGUAUAACAAAUUGAGUCGCAACAUCAGGGACCUGGCCCAGAAAAUUCGAGACCUGGACGAGAAAGAUGGAUUCAGAGCUCAGAGUACGCAUCAUCUCCUCGAAAAACUAUAUAGCACCGGACUCAUCCCCACCAAACAGAAUUUGUCCCUCACAGAGAAAGUCACAGCUUCGUCAUUCUGCAGGAGGAGACUUCCCUGCAUCAUGCUGACCCUUCGAAUGGCCCAGAACCUGAAAACGGCGAUCACCUUCAUUGAGCAAGGACAUGUGCGCGUGGGCCCGGAGGUUAUCACAGAUCCAGCAUUUCUCGUCACAAGAAAUAUGGAAGAUUUUGUUACCUGGGUGGAUUCCUCAAAGAUCAAACAGCAUGUCAUGAAUUAUAAUGACGAGAGAGACGAUUUCGACAUGUUGGCGUGAAUCUUUCUUUUUGUUUUGUUUUGUUUUUUGCCAUGUUCACUCUGUACAUCGUGAGGGUAAAAAAAAAAAAAGCAGAAAAUGACCCCACAGUGCAAAUUAGAAAGAAAAUUCUCACCACUCUCAAAAACAUCUUUAGUCUCCAUCCCUCAUUUCAAAAUUGCUAUGUGGUUCCUUACAUAGUAGAAAAUUGCACAUCUGGUAUGUCAUCUAGUUAUUUUGGAUGUAAUAAAAUAUAAUUUGGUCAUGUGCAACAAACUGAGCAAACCUUCUGCGCAAACCUUCUGAGAUGCUCUUGUUUUGUUUGAACCAGGGGAGAAGUCUUAGGAAUAUUCUAUACACUCAUGAGCCACAUUAUGAGGUACAGUGAUGUCUUAAACACCUUUGUAAAAGUAGAAUUUGGGGCUAUUGGAUGUCAUUAGAUUGUGCAGGUAUGCAGAGUGUCUGAGAAUGUUUUAUAUGGAAUAUAUAUGGGUCAUUUUCAUAUUUGUUUAGCAAUAACGGUAAAGACUUGCCCCACUGAAUUUCCUUUUGAAAAUACAUUUUACUGAUAGGUGUUUUUGAAUUAUUGGCAGUGGUUAUCAUUCAAAUGGUAAUAAUAAAAAAAAGAAAACAAUAUUCUAAAGCAAUAUCUUUCAAACUAUUAAUGCCAAAAUGUCCAUAUCGGUAUGUGUCCCAAAUGAAGUUUCAUGAUUUGAUUGAUUUGUGAUUAUGAUUUUUGAAGAUGGUUGUUCUCCCUAUUGCUUAAUAUUCAUCCAUCCAUUAAAACUAACACAAAUGCA